UAUGGCCAAACCUAUCAAUUGGCGGUGUUAACGCUGGAUGAAACUGGUGACACAGUAUAUGAAAGUCUAACAAAAACUAGAAGGAUAGAAUUUGAAAGGACAUUGUCGUUCUACGGAAUUCAUAAUAGUAUAUAUCCUGUCAUUGAAAGAGUACUGGAGAGUAAGAAUAUGAAAGUAAAAUUUGCCUCUCCAGCUUAUAUUUACAGCAUUCCAAAAGAGAAAGCAAUGCUUUUUAAUAUAGAAUGUCCGGAAGAUAUGAAGUUAGGAGAGAUCGAACUGCGUCACUCCAAAAAAAUCCACUCUGGAUGGUCCUUCAAGGAAUAUCCGCAAUCUUACGAGUUUGUGUGUUCUUUAAUUGACAACAAUGGUGGCGUAGGUUUAUUCCUGAAAUCUACUGAUGAACUAGUUGCGUGGGUAUUGAAAAGUGCUUUAGGUGAACUAGGAUUGCUACAUACUUCGGAAAAAUACAGAAGCAAAGGAUUUGCUUCAAUUGUUAUGAAACAACUGAGUAGGCAGAUUGCACAAGAAGGCGAAGAUCCCGUAACGAGUAUAUUACUGACAAAUGAAGCGUCGAAAAAGCUGGUCAAAAAAUUGGGAUUCAAAAACCAGGGUGUAAGCUACUGGUUUUCUGCGGAAAGAGCAGAUACGGACGAAUAACAGUUUAAAUUCAUUUUUGAAUCCUCUCUUCCAAAUACAGGGUCUUAAUGCAUGAUUCAUCAAAAUAUAUUUACAUAUGUUAAUAUACAGAUUGGUAAAUUAUACAAUACUUACCCAAACUAA